AUGGAUCAAAGCCAGCAAGGACCAACUCCUCCGGAUUUUGGGCCGUAUGAGACAGAUGCGUGUCUGCUGUUCUACAACGAUGCCACUCCAGAGAGUAACCCUCGUCGACUACGCAUUGUUAAGACAUUGGAAGGUUCACCGCAGGAAGGCUUUACCUAUUCCUGCUGCAUGAUUGUCGAGGACUUCACACCGCUGGUUCGGACGACACCCGAUGAAAUUCCCAACAAAAGAUAUGUUAUGAAGAUCUUUGAUUCAAGAUACUCCCGUGGGCUACGCAAGUCUUUCGGCUGCAUGGACUUUACAUUAGAGCUGUCCAAGGUCGUCAACAACGUUGAUGAUGCGAAAUUGGCGGAAAUACAUGCCCUGACUACCCAGAAGAUCUCUGUUCGAGAUUCCCAGAACGAACUUCUUCAAUAUCUAUUCGAAGAAGAGAGGAUCAAGCCUACAAUCACGCGGUUCACCUUACUGGGCAUCGCCUUGGGCGAAGAGGGCGAAGAGAUCCGAGAAGAUGAGAACAUCGAGCUCCCAACCCCCGAUCUGGCAUACCAGGAAGGUUUUCUGAUGAUAAUGCAGCGAUUACUGUAUCGACAUGAGCUGGAAAUGUUCGAGCAAAUUAAGGACCUCUCUUACUUCCCCAAGCUGGUCGCAACUGGGAGUGUCUGCAUGAUUGACACUGAGCAACCAAAACCCGACUCUAAGCUACGCAAAUUCGAGUGUCCUGCGAUCAUCAUGUCUCUCUUGCCCGGCGAGUCACUAGCAAGUCUAGUAGCGACAAACGAGGACAAUCGCUAUCACUCCUCUGAGGCUUGGGAUCCUAUGCUUAUUGAUAUUGGUGCGUUGAAAUAUUCAGAAACACCGUACUCUCCGAUCCAGCCUCCCAAUCAGUCCUCAAAAAGGUCUUCGAAUGGCUCCACAGGUCAGACUGUCCCCGGGUUGGGCGAUUUCGCCUGGCCCAAGGAAUACAAUGAAGAGCUUGAAGACACACUGGAUCAAUUGAUAAGCAAUCGCGCUUCUCUGGAAUAUGCCCACUCGGCGGCAUUCCGCACGGUCACGACAAAACGAUUUGAAGGGUGGUAUGGUAGGCCUGAUGUAGCACUCGAGACAAAUGUUUGGCGGCUUCUGAUGGAAUCUCUGUUUUCGGAUCUGACAGAGCACAGCCCGGAGCCGUCCCAAAUCGGUCUUCGAUCUCCUCGUACACCUGCCACACCAUCUUUUGUUGCCGGAGUGUUACGUUACGUUCGCCAACUGAUGGAUAAAGAAUAUAGUCGAGGGGACAGGAUUGGCUCGUGGUAUGCACGCGCCACCAGCCUUAUCACUAUUCUCGUUACUGCGAGCAAUAUCACCUGGAGUUCAGAAGACUCCAACCUCGUGCAGACUAAGCUACGCCAAUGCGACGAGAGCUUCAGCAAGCAGAUUGAGCACUUCAACCGGGGUCGUAUACCACUGGAGGGGAUUCAGACAUGGGCUUUGCAGUCAACAUUGUGGGUUGACUCUAUUUGGCACGAGCCAGAUCUGGACGAUGAUGAAGUCUUGCAUACCCUAGGGCAGCGCUUCAAGGUUUUGAACGACAAUCCCUUCCCAUCCUACUUCGAAGACAUGAUCAAGACAUCUGGACUCAUGCCACUUUGGACAUUAGCCGAAGGGACCGUAUGA